AUGAGAUCCCAGAAUGAACUACCCAUUCAAUCCACGGCCGGAAACCACCCCAUGAAGCGGCACCACACGGCGGGUUACUACGCUCGCCGGGUGAAAGAAAAUCUAACCACCAGAGUUUUUAAGCUAAUUUGUGCCAUAUUUUUAACCAUGCUAUUUCUAGUAGGCAUUCUCACAUUCGUUUUAUGGCUCAGUUUGCGUCCUCAUCGGCCGAGAUUUCACGUACAAGAAUUAUCAAUCCCGGGUUUAGGACAAGGAAACAGAUCUGCGAAGGCUCAUAUAAUCUUCAAUGUAACCGCCCGUAAUUCUAACCAGAAUGUUGGGUUUUAUUACGAUGCAAUAAAGAUUACAGUGAAUUACCGAGAUCAAAGUAUAGGUGGGGAAACAUUGGCAUUUCCAUUCUAUCAAGAGCCAAAGAACACGACAAUUCUGGCCGGUAUACUUGGUGGCAAUUCUUUAAGAGUGACGGCUGGUCAGUGGCGACGGCUCGUGGCAGACCGUUGGCGAGGAGUGGUGGUUUUCAGCAUCGAAUUAUCUUCGACCAUUCGGUUCAAAAUAUCGACAUGGAAAAGUAAGCGCCAUAGGAUACACGCUACUUGCCCAGUUGCUGUUGGUGCAGAUGGGUCGAUAUUGGCUACAGAUAAAGAUAAAAGUUGUCAAGUUUACUUUAUCUAA